AGCACAAUGAAAGGCUGUGUAUCGCCGUGACUCCGUGCGGGAGCCAGUGUCAGCGAAGCGGCUAACAACAGACGAGAAAGAGAAAGGAAAAUACAAGCUACUUUUUUCCGUCUAUAAAGCGGAGCAAAUACAAGAGGUAGAACCACAUUGCUUAUUGCGAGUCCAGACCCUCAGAUCCACUGGCCGGGAUGGAAUGUACUAAAGUGGACAGAAAAGUGGCUGGACAUGACUCGGUGCUAUGUGCUGGAAGUUUGUAAGUUUGACCAUCGUUUGUAAAUUACUCUCGGAAGAGUUUGUCUUCUCUUGAUACUGUGUUAGAAUAGAGCGGGGGGGAGAGGAAUAGGAACGUAAGCGGGGAAGAAGAAAUGUGUCGAAGGAUCUCUCUCAGUGGCUAGCGACUUCAGAUUGCUUUCAUUUAAGCCUAGAAAACCUCAGACGGGGUGAGGAUUUUACCGUGAUUGGAUUCGCCAAAGAAAAAAGCAUGGUCCAAAAGUCCAAUACUGGCAUUGUUAACAAUUGAAAAGCUGUCUCCCUCUUUGGGGAGAAGACAACAUCCUACAGUACCCCCAAAGAGGAGAAAUCACCGGAGCAAAGGGAAAGCCAAUUAAAAGCCAGAAGACAGUCUCUCUUGAUUAUUGUACAUUUUGAACAUUGACUUCAAAAACCUGGAACAGCACUGCUUGUGUUUUAACCUGAGAAAAAGUAAAGGCUGCCUGUACAUAGACUGUGGUAGAAAUGUGUUUCUCUUCAGAAACAUCUCCAUAAAGAAUAUUCUGUAACAACUAGGUGAGGGAGGGUCCAGCUCUGUAUUAUACUCUCUCAAUUCUUUUCACUGCGUGUUUCUGUCUUUUGCUGGACAAUCCCUGAAUUCUUGGUCUAUCCCCUAGAUCGUGUGUUUACAAAGUACCUAGUGCUCUUGUCAGCUUGGCGAAGGAAAAAAUCCACCAACUCUGUCCAACUUCUCUAGAGCUGUCAAAUGCAAUUAGAGUAAGUUGAUCAGGGUUUGUUUCCAACUUACCCUCUGCAAUUGAUUUCUAUUCUUUCUCCCCAUCCUCUUUUUACUAACUCCCCUCCCCCACACCUUCUCCACUGCUCCCCGCAAUCUCUGAAGACCUCUAUUCAUGUGGCCCUGAACAGUGAGCUCACAUUGUCAAAAACAGAUUUUCCUGCCACAGCCAGCAGUAGCCCCUUUCCACCUCACCAUCCCAGAGGCAGCAAUCAUUGUGUCCACUAAGAUGGGGGACACAGCGCCCCCACAGGCCCCCACAGGAGGGCUAGGGGGGGCCUCUGGGGCGGGGCUCCUUGGAGGGGGCUCAGUCACCCCGAGAGUGCACAGUGCUAUCGUGGAGCGCCUCCGGGCUCGGAUCGCUGUCUGCCGCCAGCACCACCUGAGUUGUGAAGGACGCUAUGAACGUGGUCGGGCCGAGAGCUCAGACCGGGAAAGAGAGAGCACCUUGCAGCUCCUGAGCCUUGUACAGCAUGGCCAGGGGGCAAGAAAGGCUGGCAAACACACCAAGGUCACCACCACUGCUGCCACCACUACAGCCCCUGCACCACCCGCUGCUGCGCCUCCUGUGGCCUCCCAAGCAGCAUCAACAGCAGCCCCACCACCCCCACCAGACUAUCACCAUCACCACCAGCAGCACCUGCUGACCAGCAGCAAUGCUGGUGGCGGUGGUGGGAUAAACGGAGAGCAGCAGCCACCAGCUUCAACCCUAGGGGACCAGAGGAACUCAGCCCUGAUUGCGCUCCAGGGUUCCUUGAAAAGAAAGCAGGUAGUUAGCCUGUCUCCUGCCAAUAGCAAGAGGCCCAAUGGCUUCAUCGACAGCUCGUUCCUUGAUAUCAAAAGAAUCCGCGUCGGGGAGAACCUCUCUGCAGGACCAGGUGGCCUCCAAGUCAAUAAUGGACAAAGUCAGCUUAUAUCAGGGACCUUGCCUAUGAGCCAAGCACCCCUGAGAAAGACCAACACUCUGCCCCCCCACACACAUUCUCCUGGCAAUGGUAUGUUUAACAUGGGCUUAAAGGAGGUGAAGAAAGAGCCAGGAGAGACUCUGUCCUGCAGUAAGCACAUGGACGGCCAAGCAACCCAGGAGAGUAUUUUUACUAAUAGGUACGGAGAUGACUCUGGAGAGCAGCUGAUGGACCCUGAGCUGCAGGAACUGUUCAAUGAGCUGACCAACAUAUCUGUGCCUCCCAUGAGUGACCUUGAGCUGGAGGACAUGAUCAACGCCACCAUCAAGCAGGACGGCCCAUUCAGCAUGGACUUGGGCCAGCAAGGCCAGAGGAGCACACCCAGGCCCUCCUUGCCCAUGGAGAAGAUAGUGAUCAAGAGUGAGUACUCGCCAGGCCUGACUCAGGGCCCUGCAGGCUCUCCGCAGCUGAGGCCGCCGUCAGCUGGCCCCGCGUUCUCCAUGGCCAACUCAGCCCUUUCCACAUCGUCCCCCAUCCCUUCAGUCCCUCAGAGCCAGGCUCAGCCUCAGACAGCCUCAGGAGCUAGCCGGGCCCUGCCCAGCUGGCAGGAAGUCUCCCACGCCCAGCAGCUCAAACAGAUAGCUGCCAACCGUCAGCAGCAUGCCCGGCUGCAGCAGCAGCACCAGUCCGCCAACUGGUCAGCCCUGCCCUCUACUGCGGGACCCUCCCCAGGUCCCUUUGGGCCAGAGAAAAUCCCCAGCCCUUCUUUUGGUCAGCAGCCAUUCAGCUCGCAGAGCUCACCCAUGCCUGGGGUAGCUGGCAGCAGCGGCCAGCCAAAAGCAGUAUCCAGCUACAUGUACAAGGCCAGCCCCUCAGCCCAGGGUGGGCACCUAGACGGGCUCAUGCAGCCAAAGCCUCAGGACCUCAGUCGAAGUUUUAUUAACAACCCGCACCCGGCCGUGGAGCCUUGUCAUGGCAACACCAAGCCUUUGUUCCACUUUAACUCAGAGCAAGCCAGCCAGCAGAUGCCUUCAGUUUUACCUUCCCAGAACAAGCCUUCUCUCCUCCACUACACCCAGCAGCAGCAGCAGCAGCAGCAGAGCUCAAUUUCAGCUCAGCAGCAGCAACAGCAGCAGAGUUCGAUUUCAGCUCAACAACAGCAGUCACAGCCACAGCCACCGCCGUCUCAGCCUACCCAACCUAUGUCGAGCCAGCCUCUGGUGAGGUCACCGUUGCCUCUUCAGCAAAAGAUCCUGCUUCAGCAGAUGCAGAAUCAGCCCAUCACAGGACUAGGGUAUCAAGUCUCCCAACAACACAGACAGGAUCAACACUCUGUGGUAGGCCAGAACACAGGCCCCAGUCCAAGUCCCAGUCCCUGCUCAAAUCCAAACACUGGAAGUGGUUUCAUGAACUCCCAGCAAUCACUGUUGAAUCAGCAAUUGAUGGGAAAGAAACAGACCCUGCAGAGGCAGAUCAUGGAGCAGAAACAGCAACUUCUUCUGCAGCAGCAGAUGUUGGUUGACACGGAGAAAAUUGCUUCACAAGAUCAGAUAAACCGACAUCUGACAAGGCCACCCCCAGAUUAUAAAGACCAAAGAAGAAAUGUGGGCAGUAUGCAACCAGCUGCUCAGUAUUCUGGUGGCUCAUCAUCAGCGAGUCUGAACUCUAACCAGGCUUUGACAAACCCCGUUUCAGCACACACCAUUUUAACUCCCAAUUCUAACCUCAUGUCUACUUCCCAUGGGCCAAGAAUGCCGUCGUUAUCCACAGCAGUUCAGAGCAUAGGGAUGUAUGGAAAUCUUCCUUGUAAUCAACCUGGCACAUACAGCGUCGCUUCAGGAAUGAAUCAACUGACCCAGCAGAGAAACCCAAAUCAAUUGAUAGCAAAUCAAAGCAACCCUCUGAUGCCACGGCCACCUACCUUAGGGCCAAGUAAUAACAACACUUUUGGAGCUGGAACUGUUGGCAAUUCACAAUUGAGACCAAACUUAGCCCACAGUAUGGCAAGCGUGCCAGCACAGAGAACAUCAAACGUGAUGAUCACACCCAACACAACAGCCCCCAGCUGGGUCUCUCAAGAAGCAACAUCCAAACAGCCAGAAGCCCUGAAGUCUACAGGAGUCCGCUUCCCAACAGGGGCUCCUACAGCCUACACCCCCAACCAGUCAUUACAGCAGGCAGUAGGCAGCCAGCAGUUUCCCCAGAGGGCGGUGGCACCUCCUAGCCAGUUAACACCAGCAACGCAAAUGAGACCCAUGAACCAAAUGAGCCAAACACUAAAAGGACAAGCCGUGGGUCCAUUCAGGGGCCUAAAUCUGAGACCCAGUCAGCUGAGCACACAGAUACUGCCUAAUUUGAAUCAGUCAGGAACGGGGUUGAAUCAGUCGAGGACAGGCAUAAACCAGCCACCAUCCCUGACACCCAACAAUUUUCCUUCAUCCAACCAAAGUUCCAGGGCUUUCCAAGGAACUGACCAUGGCAGUGACCUAGCUUUUGACUUCCUCAGCCAACAGACUGAUAACAUGGGCCCUGCCUUAAACAGCGAUGCUGAUUUCAUUGAUUCAUUGUUGAAGACAGAGCCUGGUAAUGAUGACUGGAUGAAAGACAUCAAUCUUGAUGAAAUCUUGGGGAACAACUCCUGAAGGAGAAAGAUGAGACAAUUUACAAACUCUAAGCACUAAAAGGCAGUAUUUUACAAGGACUCUGUAAAGGCCAAAGGGUCAACUGUUAAGUGGCCUACAUGAAGACACAAUGGCUUAAAAAUGUCAAGCAGAAAAUAACUGCAGUGGUGAACAUUUUGAUCCAAAUUCUUAUUUUAAAUCUCAAACCUGAUAGUAAAACACUGGGAUCACUUUCCCCUGUCUUAACUCCAGAACACAGUAUCCAAUUUAUCCAAACAGAACUGUUAUGUUGAUGUGUAAUUAACUGUGUAAAAUAGGCUUCCCAAGUUCCUUUGCUCCCUGAAAGAAAGGUAAUAGGACUUGUAGCUUAUUUAAACCUCACAUCAUGAGGAGGUACUAGUUCCAAGCAACAAAUUCUCUAAUUUGCUGUAAUAGAUAUCUGUAGUUUGAUCUUUCCAUUCUGUCUUUUCGUUUAAUUUUUCUAAAUCUUGCAGAAUAGAUUGAAAUGUCAUAGGUCUGUUUGGAAUAACUGAAUAGUAUCCUAUGUAAGGGACAGCCAGAGAACUCAGAUCACAUCCAGUGGGUUAUAGAAUUUCCUCCCUAGAUUCACCCCUCACUGCUGCAGUUUCCCACAAAUCCUGUACUUCAGUGGGACACCCUGUCUAGUGAUGAAAUAAUAAUACAGAGUUGUGCAGUUUGAUUCUGGCUUCCACAGCCAAUUUCUGAGUCCAUUUCCAAGCAAGUUUUAGAUACAACAAAGAACUGUCCGAAUCACACUGAAAAAUCCAUGGGACAGCACUAUAAAUAAGAUUUAUUUGGCCACAGAUAAUGUGGAGUAUUAACUUACUGUGAUUGAUUCCCACUGGUUUGUUCCCAAGCUGAGGAAAAUUGAGCCUUUUCUUGCCUACUUGUUUUGAUGACUAGAGACUGAUUUGUAAGAAAAGGAAAUUUGGAAACCAAAAACUGAUUAGAAGGUAUCGUGUUGUAGUUGGAGAUAAGAACCAGGAGUGGCGGGUUCAAGUGGUUACAAAUCUAUUUCAUAGGGUUUGAAGGAAAGCAUAAUUAAGAGAAAACAAUCUGGCCUUCUUAGACAUACUAUCUGGAUUUGGGUGAACAGCAGAAUAGAAUGUGGUCCUUCAGUAGCGGUCUCUCUCUGGCAUGAUGAAUCAUUGCCACAUGCUAGACGGACCCUUCGUAUCUAGAUUUUCUCCCCUGGGGCUGAGCACUGUAUCACAGAAAGAGUUUUUGUUGAGUCAUUUAACUUCACAUACAUAUCAACUGUAAAAUUGGGAAGAUGUGUGCUAAUAAGGAAUGGAUGAAAAAUAUCACUAUCAUUUUCCUAAUUAUAGAAGAGCAAAGAUUGUCUUCAGUUCUUUCAGUUACACGCUCACAUUUUCAACUAUCAAAUGUAAUUUAACUGGUCAUUUAAUGAUCAAGUCUUUAUCUUCUCAAAAAAAGAA